GGAAGCGGAGUGACGGCAGCGCCGGCGGCGGCAAGAUGGCGGCGUCCAGCCUGCUGUGCGGAGGGUUGAGGCGGCUCUUCGCCGGGCUCUGGGGGGCCGGCUGGGCCGCCCCGCCGGCCCGGGCCCUCCGCCAGGUUGUGGAGGUGACUGAAGGCAACACGACCACAAUUGAAGGGAAAAUUAUAGAGGAUGCUGAAGCACCAACUCCUCCAAACCCCUCUGGCCAGUGUCCCAUCUGCCGCUGGAACCUGAAGCACAAGUACGAUUAUGUGGAUGUCUUGCUGCUGAGUCAGUUUAUCCGUUCUGAUGGAGGGAUGCUGCCACGAAGGAUCACAGGCCUCUGUUUGGAGGAGCACAAGAAGGUUGCUGUCUGUGUGCAGAUGGCUCACCGUGCAGGUUUGUUGCCAAACCACAGGCCUCCACUUCCUGAAGGGCAUACUCCCAAGAGACCCAAGCUCAACAGGUACCUGACCCGCUGGUCCAUCAGAUCUGCAAAGCCCAUCUGGAAGAGGGGCCCUAAGUGGUGCAAAAAGCCCUUUCCAAUCGGACACCCUUUGCUGAAGGAUAAUGUAAAAUAUACACGAAAGCCUGUCUCUUUAAACCACUAGUGGCCAGAACUGGCAUAGUUAGUAAGCACAUGUUUUGCACUGGUCUGCUUUUUUAUUUUUUCAAGUUUGUCAAUAUCUCCAAUUUUCUUAUUCCAAAACUGUCCUUGGUACUCUAUAUUGUGUCCAGCUGUGAUCUGUUCCUCUAGAAUACAAGAUCCAUCAAAGCAAAGUUCAGAGUGCAGAAUGAUUUGAAGAAAGCAAAGGGCAAAGACUUUCGCCUCAAAGCCAGAAAGGAUCUGAAGGCUUUUGUUUCUUUAUGUUCCACAUAUGGGUUUGGGAAAGGAUGUUUCCUUCUCUUUCCAUCAGUGAAUGGUGUUUCCCAAUUAACAUGUGUUUCAACUCAGAUUUGCAUGAUUUGGGCUGUGACGCUGAUGGAAGAAAAAGUCCCCUCAGCACUAGGUUUCCUUGGCAGGAACAGAAAUUGUUAAUGACUACUGAAAUUAAUUUUUUUAUUAUUAUUAUCUGUACUAUCCAUCAUUUGCCACAGAACACCUGUGGCUGUGGCAGACAGGUAUAUGUGUCUUACAUAUCCCCUUAAGGAUUCCUGGCUUGUGCUUCACUCCUGGAUCUGAGAAAUACACAGUGUUGACAUCCUUGA